CACGAGCAUCAUCAUCUGCGGCCGCAUCACGUGGCCACUCACGGUGAAAAACACAGCGCGCAGACACUCGCCAGCCUCCACUCUUUGCAGCGCCGCCGAAAUCCGCGGUCCCGCGCACGCCGGGCACGCGUUUCUCUCGCAGAGGCGGGAACAGUAAUCGCGAGCCCACGAGCAGCAAACAAGCAUGGACAUGGACACGGACGCGCUGGGCGACCUCGCCGUCGGCGACGCGAUGCGCAUGCGCUUCCCCGGCCACGGCGUGUUCACGGGCAAGGUCGUCGGCUUCGAAGGAAACAAGGUCGACGUCCACUGGAACGAGGACAGCAGCUCGACGCUGCUGACGCCGGCGCAGGCGCUCAAGGCCCGCGUCGCGCACGCGCAGGCGGAGCCCAAGCGCUCUCCCAAAAAAAAGAAGGCCGACUUCGAGUUCGGGGCCGACGAGGAAUCCGAGGACGAGGAGGACGAGGAAGAGGAAGAGGAAGAAGAGGCGCCGGCGCCGAAGCGGCGCCGCGCCAGGGAGGCCGCGGCGCCCGUGCGCCGGUCGACGCGCGAGCAGAAGAGCGUCGGCGUCUACGUCGACGGUUUUUUUGUGAAGAAGUCGAACCUGUACGACGCCGAGACGGGCGAGCGCAGCGUCUGGGACCAGGAGCUCGCCGGUGAUCGGGACGCGGCGGCGGCCUUCGGCGCUUCCACGAAGCCGCCGCCGAAGCGGAAAUCUUCCACAACAAUCAAGACCAAGGACGCGCCCAAGAAGCCGCGCCACCAGGCCAAGGCCGAGCAGGCGCGCGACGCUCAAAGGGAUGCGGCGAAGUCGCGGCUCCCGGCCGCGCGGGCCUGCCGCGCGCGGUUCCUGCUCGCGCACAAGGACGCGCUCGCGCCCUUCAAGCCUUCUCUAAACUGGUGCAAGGAGGCGGCGAAGAAGGCGCCGCAACGGGUGGUGAUUGAGCCCUUCGAGCGGACGCCGUCUUAUAUAAAAGCGGACAUGCGCGACUACCAGCGCGAGGGUCUGCGCUGGCUCGCGCAGCGCUACGAGGACGGCUGCGGCGCCAUCCUCGGGGACGAGAUGGGUCUGGGGAAGACGCUCCAAACAUUAAGCUUCCUGAGCUGGCUGAAGCACGAGCGGCCGGCCGAGCACGGGCCGUCCCUCGUCAUCUGCCCGCUAUCCGUAUUAUCGAGUUGGCUCACGGAGGCGCGCAAGUUCGUGCCCGAUUUGCGCAUGGUCAAGCUCCACUCGGGCGACGUCCGAGAAAGGGACCGGCUGAAGCACCAAUUGCGGGACACGUCGGCCUAUGAUGUGGUGGUGACGACGUACGAGAUGGCCAAGGCGCCGGCCAUGCAGUCGACGAUCCAGCGGCCCUGGUGGCGCUUAGUGGUGUUAGAUGAAGGUCAUGUGAUAAAGAACGAGGAGGCGGACAUUAGUAAGGCGGUCCGGCGGUUACACGCCGAACGGGCUUUGCUGUUAACGGGCACGCCGCUCCAGAACGAUCUACACGAGCUCUGGGCCCUGCUGAAUUUCCUGUUUCCGGACGUCUUUCCGGACAGCACGGCCUUCGACGACGCGUUCGAUCGGGGAAAGGGCGGCAAGCAGGGCGCGCUAGCCAAAGCGCACAAUAUGAUGAACGUCCUCAUGAAGCGCCGCGUCAAGUCCGAGGUCGAGACGACGCUGCCGCCGCGCCUCGAGACGAAGAUUUUAGUGCCAUUAGCCGAGUCGCAGCGCUGGUGGUACAAGCGGCUAUUGCUGCGCCAGUCCGAACUGCUCGACCAGCUGAACGACCCGACGGGCGGGCCCCAGACGGGCGCCUGGAAGAAGUUGCAAUCGUUACUCAUGCAGCUGCGCAAGUGCUGCAACCACCCCUACUUAUUUGAGGGGGCCGAUCCCGACCCGGGCGUCACGGACGAGUCGCUCAUCGAGGCGUCGGGCAAGGUCCACGUUUUGGAUCGGUUGCUGACGAAGCUCAAAGAUAGGGGCCACCGGGUCGUGCUGUUUUCGCAGUUCACCACCACCCUAGAUUUGUUAGAUGACGUACUGAGAUACAGAGGCUACGAGUUUUCAAGAUUAGACGGCGGCACGAACCGCGUCCAACGGACGGUAGACAUCCAGUCCUUCAACGCGCCGAACUCGUCAGUCUUCCUCUUCCUCAUGUCCACAAGGGCAGGAGGCUUAGGUGUGAACCUGCAGACGGCGGACACGUGCAUACUGUUCGACUCGGACUGGAACCCGCAGGCCGACCUGCAGGCCAUGGCGCGCGUCCACCGCAUCGGCCAGACGAAGCCCGUGCACGUUUAUCGACUCGUGACCGCCGGCACCGUCGAGGAGCGCAUCGUCCAGCGCGCCGAGAAGAAGCUGUACUUAGAUGCGAUGGUCAACCGCGACUCGCAGCGGGCGGCGGAACCGGACGACCAGGUCUCCGCGGGCGACAUGCUGAGCGCGCUGAAAUUCGGUGCGGCUGCCAUCGUCAACGGCGCCGCGGACAAGCAAUUAACCGAUCAGGAUUUAGAUCAGAUCCUCGACCGUAGUAGAGACGGCAACGCGACAUUAGGUGUGGUCAAGGGCAACCAGGCCUCGGACGCCGCGUCGUUCAAGAGCGACACGCAAGCUGUGAGCCUGCGCGAGUUCGAGGGCGCGACCUACGGCGCCAAGAGGGAGAAAAGAGCGACAUUAGGCGACUUGAGCGCCGAAUUCAUCCAGCAGGAGAAGCGGAAACGGACGCAGCGCAUGCGCCAGGAGCGCGUCGAGGGCGUCGGCUUAGUCAACGUCCUCACGAAGGAGUACGGCGACGGCCAAGAGCGGAAAAAGGACGCGAAGCAAGUCGACGAGCAGGCGGCGCGCUGGGAGGCCAAGGCCGCGAAGGCCGCGCUCGAGGCCGUCGGCGGGAGACAGAUCGCCGGCCGCGACUAUGAUAAUGAGGAGCACUGCCUCCACUGCUGGGACGGCGGCGAUUUGAUCUGCUGCGACCAGUGCCCGGCGUCGUGGCACGCGGGCUGCUUGCAGAAGAUCGGCUUCGCGCUGCCGACGAAGAAGUUCGGCUCGUGGGGCUGCCCGCACCACUCCUGCGAGACCUGUGGACGAAAGGCGGCGCAGGCCGGUGGGUUGCUGUUUCGGUGCGCCGUGUGCCCGUCGGCGUUCUGCGAGGACCAUCUGCCGUCGACGGCGACGAUCCAGGGCAAGUGCGAAAGGUUCAUGGCGCUCGGCCAGAACCACCCGAAGCAGGCGGCCUUCAUCAUCUGCGGCGCGGGCUGCAAGCAGUUCUGCAAGGACCGCGGGUUAUCGUCGACCGGCCACGACGUCGCGGCGGCCAUCUCCGGGGCUGCGGGGUUAGAUACGACGACUCUGAGACAGGAAGCUCCUCCUAGAGAGAAGCUCCGCACGGACGAGCGGGACGACCGCACGCGCCUCGCGGAGACGAACCCCGACGCCUCGAUGCGCCUGGACGCGGCGCUCGCGAAGAAGCGGUUCUCGGUCGCGCAGAGCUCGCCGCAUUUCAUCAUGCGCUGCGGCACGUCGAAGACGGGCGUCGCCUCGGCCGUCGACGCGCUGCACUCCAUCUUGUAUGCGGACGACGAGGCCAAGGGCGGCCUGUCUCGGAGCACGGAAGCGUUGGCGAAGGAGAUCGGCGAGUGGACGGGCGUCGGCGAAGGCCCGGACCUGAAGGAUCGCGCCGCGGAGCUCUACCUGACGCUCAACAGACUCUUCGAGACGUGGCGCACGUAUGAAUUGGAUGCGCUCACGUGGGCGCUGCAGUUCGUCCAGUUGGAGCGCGGCCGCAAGCCUAGAGCGCGCGAAGCUAGAAUAGGUAACAAGCGCGUGCGCCACGAGUUGUUAGCUCAGUACCUGGUCGCGCCGCGCCAGGGCGCGCUCUGGCUCGUCCAGACGGAGGACGAAAGCGGCGGCGUGCGGGCCUCGGGCGUGACGACGUUCGACCUCGCGGACGAGAAGUUAGUCAAGAGGCACUACGUCGGCGUGCGGAACCUGGACCUGGCGGGCCGGGGCAACGUGGAGAUCGCCAUGGAGCAGCGCUACGCGGACGGCGCCGGCCGGCGCCUCUCCUUAACCAUGGACAAGUGGGGCGGCGACCGCCCCUUUGAUUUGACGGUGCCGCGCGUGUCCGACAACCCGCCGCCGCCGCCGCCGCCGCCGCCGCCGCCGCCGCCGCCCGCGGCCGUGCCGUUCUUUAACCUGGGGGCGGCGCCGGCGGACGCCGCGUCGGCGCCCUACCGGUCCAAGGGCAAGGCCCCGACCCACCCGUUUGGGCACUGGCCGACGGCACCGGCGCCCGUGCCCGGGGGCGGCCGCGCGCCCGUCGGCGAGAACGACCCCUGCGGCACGUGCGGCCGCACGCCGGCGCACACGACGUUCUCGCGCUUCGUGACGACGGGGGCCCGGCGCAAGACGUGCGACGCCUGCAAGGCCAAGAAGGACGCGCAGAAGGCCAAGAAGGCCGCGGCCCCGCGCCCGGCCGCCGUCGCCCCGCCGCGGGCGCAGCCCGAGCAGCCCGUCGAGGUCCGCUCGCUGCUGUCUUCUGCGCCCUGGCGCCGGUUCGCCUCCGCCGCCGCCGCGGCGACGCACUUCCCGGGCGUCACCGCGCGCGACAUCGAGGCGCUCGUGGCCGGGACCCCGAUGUACCACCUGACCAUCGAGGCGCGCCGCGCGACGGCGUCGCCCACCUCCGUCGUCGACUUGACGUCGUCGCCGUCGGAGUCGCCGAGUUCCCAGGUCGUCACGGACCUCUCGUCGCCUUCGCCGCGGCCGGGCGGCCGCAAGUCGCCGGGCAAGCGCGCGGCUUCGCCCGGUGCCGGCACGCUCAAGGACCCGGGCCUGCGGGAGAAGAUGCGCGCGCCGCGGUCAGCCUGAGCAUCUUGUGCGCGCACGCGUGCCCUCAACACCCCGCCUGAAGAAGUACUGACGUACAUAAGUAUCUAUGCCUG